GAAGCGUUGGGUGAAGCAAUGGACCAUCCUUUGUAUGGGGCUGCAUUGUAUUUGAACCCAGGAAAAUUACAUCCCCUCAUAAGAGAUGAUGAUGAUGCCACUGUUGGGCAGCUAAGAGGUUGCUUCCUUGAAGUUCUUGGAAGAAUGGUGGAAGAUAGAGAUACCCAAGACAAGAUUGAUGCUCAGUCUUUGGACUAUGAAGCCCUUAGAGGAGAAGCAUUCUCAAAUAUAAGAGCUAAGCAAAACCUUGAGAAAAUGAGUCCUCUUGAUUGGUGGGCCUCAUAUGGUGGUCGUGCUAUUGACCUUCAAAGGUUUGCUAGGCGCAUUGUUAGCCUAUGUGCUUCAUCAUCCGGCUGUGAGAGAAACUGGAGCACGUUCGAGUUUAUCCACACCAAAAAAAGAAAUAGGUUACUGCAUAAGAGGUUGAAUGAUAUUGUCUACAUUUCCUACAAUCGAAAGAUGAAGACUAGGUUUCAAAUAAGGCGGGAGAAGAAAGGGAAAAGCUUUGACCCUUUAGUCAUUGAAGAGUUCAAUCGGGAUAAUGAGUGGGCUGACUCGUCGUAUGUACACCCUCAAGGUGCACGUGGGUGUGAUGAAAAUGACCUCACAUGGGCUGCUGUUGAUGAAGCUCUUGGUGCAUCAAACUCACUUCGAGGACGCAAUCUCCCAAGGAAUGCAAGCAGUAGGUGUGCAACAAAUUCAAACCCAAGGUUGGAUGAAGAUGAAUCAGGUUUAGGCAAUGAAGAGGAAGAAGAUGAAGACCCACAUGAUGAUGCUUAUGUGACAGAUUCUGAGGAUGCUCCUCCCGAUGGUGGAGAAAGCAUGGAAGGAUUGCAAGCUGCAAAUAACCAUGAUGAGUUUGAUGAUGGAUAUUGAGUUGGGGUUGUCUUUUGAGCUGGGGUUGGCUUUUGAGAGAUGUUACUUAUGCUGUAUUUUUAUGGACUGAUGUAUCUAAGUUAUGCUACUUAUGCUGCAAAUUAUCCCACUAGUAUCUAAGUUUAUGGACUGAUGUAUUGAUGUUA